AUGCCACCAUUGCGGGUUCGACCGAGACUCCGCCCAGCACACGCUGGAGGACUGCCCUGCAUGGGAGUCCGAACGUUGAGUCUUGGUCGGUCAGAUCGGACGAAACUUGUCACCGCCAGCAUUAAUCGAUGGGCAGCCGCGGUCUCCUUCUGCGAGGACGUUAUGCUCCAAAAGGAGGCCGCAGAGCGGGAUCGGGAGAGGGGCGAUCCCGCUCGAACGAGGCGGCGAAGGGGACGUGGCAGAGGUCGCUAA